CCCGUGAAACUACCCAUCAUCUCAUCAGAUCUGGAGGUCUCUGGAAUAUCGAAAAAGCUUAAAUCAACACAAAAGUCUAAUACAAUCCAUCCUCACAUCGCCCGCCACUACUGUCACCAGAAUGGAUGAAAUCGUCUUUGCGAACCUGGACCGCUGUCCAUCAUACUCCUCCUUCUUCGGCGCAAUGGGCUGCAUAUCCGCCAUAGUCUUCACAGUCCUCGGCUCCUCCUACGGCACCGCCAAAUCCUCCGCCGCAAUCUUCUCCGCGGGCAUCCUCCGCCCCGACCGCCUCAUGCAAAACACCCUCUGCGCCAUCAUGGCCCAGAUCCUCAGCAUCUACGGCCUCGUCGCCGCCGUCAUCAUCGCGAACCGCCUCGCCGAGAAGCAGGCCCUGCACACGAGCUUCUUGCAGUUCGCCGCGGGGAUCAGUGUCGGCUUGUGUGGGCUCGCGGCGGGGUUUGCUAUCGGGAUUGUCGGUGAUGCUGGAGUCAGAGCAACGAACCAGCAACCGCGUCUAUACACAGGCAUGGUCCUAAUCCUCAUCUUCGCAGAGGUCCUAGGCCUCUACGGCCUCAUCGUCUCCAUCCUCCUGCUCUCGACUUCGCAAACGCAAGUCACCGACUGCUCAGGCUCCUAAGAGCCCCCGUCUCCAUGUCCCUCUAGCACACGUCCCUCUCCAACACAAACCAGUUCAAUUUUCAAUGCCCUGACAUCAUUGUAAAUAAUCGAGAUACUGGUUCACCAUACAAGCAUAAUCAAUAGUUUCCAACGAUAAUCUGGGAUAUGCUCUGAAUAAACUCUUGAAUUUGAAAACGCCGGGUAUUGCAGCCAUUAAAGCAACGCUUGCUCAUGCAAGG